UAUAUAAACAUAUAUCCCUAGAGAUGAAACCACUCGUUUAUAACUUCCGGUUUAACUCUUCUCCUUCACCAUUGUCCGAUUUAUAAAGCUUAUAAAAGACUUAGGUACGGUAUCAUUUUCCCAAGAGACUAAAUCUCCUUCAAACCACGAAAUAACUCAUUUGUGAUCAUCAUCUCUUUGCUCUUUCCUUUGCCUCUUUAUUAUUUCUUCAAUAUACUUGAUCUUCUGGUGGAGAAGAACCAUGUCGAGAAUACACCCAGCUGAUGAGAGUAAAAAAUAUUGCCAAAAGUACUGGUUAAAUCAUGGUCUUAAUAAUCAUGUCGAUAAUGAUCAAGGGCUCUCAGUGCUCACCGUGUGGAAGAGAUCGAGUAUGAGCUUCCAGGGGACUGACGGCUUCACUGUGUUCAACAACCAUGGUAGAUUGGUCUUCCGAGUUGAUAACUAUUCAAGGAAAAACUCCUGCGUUAAAGGAGGCCUUGUUCUCAUGGAUGGAACUGGCAAACCAUUGCUUACUCUGAAACCUCAGAUAUUCAGCAUCCAAUACCAGUGGAAUGCAUACAGAGGAUCAGAAGAGAGCAGUCCAAAAUCAAACAAAGUGUUCUCAAUGAGAAGCAAGUCAUCACUGCUUUUCACAAACAUGGAUAAAAACGCAGAAGCAGAAGUAUUCUUCGAAAGAGAGGAUCAGAAUCAGAAAGCUAGCCAACAAAAAUCCGAUUUCAGAAUCGAAGGCUGCUUCUGGAGGCGCAACUGCAAGAUCAGGAACAGAAAUGGGGAGGUGGUAGCCCACAUAGCCAGAAAGAAAGUAAACGACAGAGUGUUGCUCGGCGACGACGUUUUCAGCCUUGUCGUUCAACCGGGAUUUGAUGCUCAGUUAAUUAUGUCGUUUGUAAUUAUAUUGGAUCGUAUUUGUGGGAAGCCAUAUGCCCCAGUUUUGUGUUCUUAAAUUAAUCAUGUAUAAUAUUAAUUAAU